UCUAAGGACUAACUUGCAGACGUAAUAGUCUUAAAGAAAAAGGGCUCUACUGCACGACCUGCUUGCAACUAGCCAACAUUCAGUAAAGACUCGUGGAAGAAAUACAAUGGGAGCGAGUGGACAACCAAACAGAUCAAAGACUUCAAAAUGUCAGCUACACGCGAACCAAAUGCAGGCUUCACUACAAGAACGCUGACAUUUGGGACCAAGGGCAACACCCUCAACUACCGUGGCAUUCCCUGGCUCUUGUCCAGCGUCACCAAACAAGACGAGUGGGAAACUGGCCAUGUUGCCCUCCACCGCGGUGCUGGAUCUGUCAUGGCUGUCCUCACCUCCGCACUCCGCGAUGCCUCCACUGCGCGCACCAACUUUGACUGGAGCCGCUAUCUCCCCCACCUCCAAAGCCACCCAUUCUCCCCACUGACCUCCUAGAAUCAAACCCCUACAUCCCUCCCCAGAGCCCAUGCACUUUCGGCUGCAACGGAUGGCUCUGCGACGCGGCAGAUGGAUGUGCCCCCGGCU